UGCAGAGUAGGGGCCUCACGCAGUUAACAUCAAUACCGACCAAACCCCCAUAACCGUGAACCUGCCUUUAGGUUUGUACCCAAGUCACUCGACAACAACCAUUCCUCUUCUUGACAUCACCACUCACUAAUCUCACUCUCCCGCCUCAACGAGUACAGUCGCUCUCACUACUACUCAGUCACUCGCUCAAGUAAAGUCAGUCCCCCACCCAGCCCACCGAGUCUAGAGACGUCGCUCACUCUCCAAGUCGUCCCACCACUUGAUAUUUCACCUGCUGACACCUCUCCCAGCCGAGUUCCAUCACACCAAUCGAUAAUCAUGGAGAACGGAGCCACGUCUCAGGGUGAGGGCAAAGACCCUUCGGGUUUCCUGAGCGAAAUCAUCGGCAACCCCGUCACUGUCAAACUGAAUUCCGGCGUUGUCUACAAGGGUGAGCUGCAAUCCGUCGACGGUUACAUGAACAUUGCCCUGGAAAAGACAGAGGAAUACAUCAACGGUGUGAAGAGGCGGAGCUACGGUGAUGCGUUUGUCCGCGGCAACAACGUCAUGUAUAUCUCUGCGGAUUAAGACAGCCAUUCGAGGGCGCAGUUGUGUGAGGGGAUGAAGCUGUGAUGGGACGUGAGCAAGCAUACAUUGAUGUAUGGUACCAGGGAGAACACGUGCUUGACAUUCAGCUGGCUCAGACUCUUAGCUGUUCCUCCGUGCUUAGGUCAACAAAAUCAACCGAUCAGUCUCACAUGCAAAACGACUGCUCAACAUUGGGGCCACAUUUGUCAUCACAUCACCAAGUAUGCACUGGCGCAGUUGU